AUGUCUAUGCGGCCGAGCACCUCCACCCAACGCACGCCUCUAAGACGCAUUUCGCAAGGCUCGCUCUCCCGCCUUGCGCGCUCGGGCGCGUACCCCGACGCGCCAUACGGGCUCGGCUUUCUCGAGCCUGCGCUCUCGGAGCUCGUCGACGAGAUGGAGGCACUAAACAACAACAUACAGGGCCUUCGUGCGCUAGGCGACGCGCUUGGCACGUUCAAUGAGAGCUUCGCGAGCUGGCUCUAUAUCAUGAACAUGAACGCGCUCACGGUGGACUGGCCACAGGCGCCGACGGAGGCCUCGUUUGCACUUGCUGCGCGGAGGGCUGAUGAAGACGCUGCCGCUGCCCUGGCUGCACUUCAAGCCAUGCAAGCUGCCCAAGCCUCUCCUCCGAGACCACCGUCUCCGAACGUCUCCACACACGACAAGACGGCCUACGCCGCAGACGCGACCGAACCGAGCAACGACACCACCUUUGCCGUGCCAAACACGACUGCGACGUCCUCUGGCUCGAGCGCGAAAGGCCCCGUGAAAAAGAAGGGCAAGCCGAAGCUUACUGCGAAGGAGCGGAAACAGCGCAGCAUGUUGAUUGAUCGGGUCGUUUCAGCUCUGCCGCUCGAGUUCCGCGGGAACGAUCCGAACCUGAGGCGGAACGUCGAGACGGUGAUUGAGGGAUUCUUAGACAGGCCAGAGAGAGGUGUUGCUCUCCUCGAAUUGGUCAAGCCGCCAGAUCUCAAUCAGGCUCGUGUCAACAAGUGUCUCAUUGCCUUGGUCAACAGAAAGAUCGUGCAGAAGGACAACAGCUCGGGUGCUGUCUUGUAUCAUUGGCACGGACUACCCGAUUGA